AUGGGAAAGACAUUGAGGGAUACAAAUUAUUUGACUCUAUUUUUCUUGCUUGAAAAACCUUCUCAUCCAACAACACCACAAAACAGUCAUUGGAGGAAGAGAAAGGUUUUGAAAAUGGGAAGCACAAACCCCUUCAAUGAUAAUUCUCUCUCCAUUUUCAAAAGAAUUUUUCAUUUGAUUCUUUAUUUUUUGCUUUCCAUAUCCCUUAUUUGUUUUUACUUCGAUCUCUUUUACCUUACUCAUUCACCAACUCAACUUAUUCAUUCUACCACCAUUUUCACCUACAAUUCCUCUAUUUCUUCUUCUCCUCCUUCAAAUUCUUCUAUAGGGAAGGACAAGACUUAUGAUUACAAGAAAUCAUCUUGCGACUAUUCAAAUGGAGAUUGGGUUAGUGAAAUGAGAGGCCCUAUAUACAAUGUCACAACAUGUGGCACAAUCAAAGAGAGUGAGAAUUGCAUCACAAAUGGGAGACCUGAUUUAGGCUAUCUUUAUUGGAGAUGGAAGCCAAAUGAAUGCAAUCUUCCAAGGUUUGAACCAAACACUUUCCUCAAACUCAUUAAGAACAAACACAUAGCUUUUGUGGGAGACUCAUUGGCUAGGAACCAAUUAGAGUCACUUCUUUGCAUGUUAGCAACUACUUCAACACCUAAUCUUAUUUACCAAAAUGGUAAGGACAAUAAAUUUCGUAAGUGGCAUUUCCCUUCUCAUAAUGCUAAUUUUUCUUUAUAUUGGUCACCAUUUCUAGUACAUGGUGUUGAAAGAACAAAUGAAGGAAAUUAUUAUAAUACAAUGUUUUUGGAUAUUGUUAAUGAAAUUUGGGCAAGGGAUAUUGAUCAAUUGGACAUGAUUGUUAUAUCAACAGGUCGUUGGUUUUUGCUUCCUUCAAUUUAUUAUGAGAAUGAUUUAGUUAUUGGUAGCUUAAAUUGUCCUAAGCAUAAUCAUACUCAAAUGGAUUUUUAUGGUCCAUUAAGAAAGGCUUUAAGGACAACCCUUAAUAGUAUAAUUGAGAGGAAAGUUGCUAAAGGAAACAAAAUUGAUGUGAUUGUGAAAACAUUUUCACCAGAUCAUUUUGAAGGUGAUUGGGAUAAAGAUGGUACUUGUUCAAAGACUAAGCCUUAUAGAAAAGAUGAGAAGGUAUUAGGAGGAAUGGAGACUGAGAUAAGAAAGAUUGAGAUUGAAGAAGUUGAAAGUGCUAAGGUAAAAGUUAAAAAAUUUGAAGGGAUUAAAUUUGAGUUAUUGGAUAUAACUAAAUUGGCAUUAUUGAGGCCAGAUGGUCAUCCAGGUCCUUAUAUGAAUUAUUUUCCAUUUGCUAAUGGAGUUUUAAAAUAUGUACAAAGUGAUUGUGUUCAUUGGUGUUUGCCUGGACCUAUUGAUACUUGGAAUGAGAUUUUAUUAGAGAUAAUCAAGAAGUGGAAGUAA